AGCGUCCUGUACAGUCACACAUUCUCUCACUCUGCUGAAGACUUCUGGCUCCAUCCCACCAGCAGCACUGAACAGAUUCUGCUGCAUAGAAGCUGCUCUGUUAGAGUAAAUGUAAAAGCACACUGCAAAAGGGUGUGUGAGUGUGUGCAGCACUCUAACUGAGAGCUUCUCUCUUCUCUGAUGCCUCGUUGGAGCCACACCUGAAGAUCCAUCAUGGAGGUAUAUAUCCUGGGGAUCAUCAUUGCAGUGAGUGGCAACUUCCUCAUCAGUAUCUCCCUAAACAUUCAGAAGUACACCCACAUACGACAGUCCCAGCGGGGCAGCAAGCCAUACUACACCAGCCGCUUGUGGUGGUGCGGCAUUCUGCUCAUGGGACUUGGGGAGCUGGGCAACUUUGCUGCGUAUGGAUUUGCUCCAGCCUCUCUGAUCGCUCCUCUUGGCUGUGUAUCUGUCAUCGCCAGUGCUGUAAUUUCUGUGGUGUUCCUAAAAGAGACUUUACGAGCCUCUGAUCUCCUGGGUGGCGCUCUUGCUCUUACAGGGACAUAUCUACUGGUGACUUUCGCCCCUCACUCUGCCCCUCAUGUCACGGCCAACAUGGUGGAGCGCUGUCUAAUCAGCUGGCAGUUCCUAGCCUACUUUUUUAUUGAAGUGGUUCUGUUUUGUAUCCUGCUGUUCCUGUAUAAGUGCAGGAAUGUGAACCACAUUGUGAUUGUGAUGCUGUUGGUGGCUCUGCUUGCUUCUGUGACCGUGAUCUCAGUGAAGGCUGUGUCUGGGAUGCUCACAGAGACGAUACGUGGGAGUCACCUGCAGCUCACCUAUCCCGUCUUCUACGUCAUGUUCGUGGUCAUGGUCAUCUCCUGUGCGUUCCAGAUCAAAUUUCUCAAUGAGGCCAUGAAGAUGUUUGAUGCCACUGAAAUUGUCCCUAUCAAUUAUGUCUUCUUCACAGCCAGUGCUGUAAUAGCAGGGAUUUUAUUCUAUGAGGAGUUUUAUGGUUUAUCAAUUAUAUACAUCCUUAUGUUUGUGUGUGGGUGUUUGUUAGCGUUUAGUGGAGUGUUUUUGAUCGCAAGGACUCGACCCAAAAUCAAAACCGACAGAGUUUUCUUCUCUAUGGGACAAGUUUCAAGUAAGAAACAUACAGACAAGGUGCAGCCGGAGAAGAAAGAAAGUAAGCAUGGAGCUCUGGCUUCCAAACUGGUCUGUAACAGCAGCACAGAGCAGGAGGACAUCUAGUGGAGCAACAAAGAGCUGCACGAAUGACUAUAAGAAUAGGGCAGACUGAGUACUGUGUGCAAUUGUGAGCAUAUGAGUGUGGAGACUGUGUGUGUGUGUGUGUGUGUCUGUGACCAAGAAACUAUGGUACUCGAGUACUACAAAUAGGCUCUGGGUUUACAUACAAUGAUUAUCAGAUAGCUGCUGACCUUAUUUAAUCUUAUUUAUUAAAACCACAAUAUAAACAAAACAGCAGCCUAGCAGCAGUUUUCUUCUGAUAUACAACACCAGAGGUGCUAUUCAGAAAACAUCUCCUUUUGUAAUGUGUUUUGACACCAUAGUGUCGUACCAAGAAGUAGAAAGUCUGAUCCUGUGUCUGAUCUACUGUUCUAUUUUAAAGGUUUAAUGAAAGCUAUGCUAGUUUUUGUUGGGCACCAGCUAAUAGGUAAUGUUCCUAUGAUAUUAAACACUGUUUUAAAAAGAAAAAGCCAAUUUUUUUUUCUAAACAGUGGAUAUCAUUUAUAGCUAACAUUUGCACUGAUGUGUUUUAGAAAAUUGUACAUUUUUGUUCAUUUAUGUUAUCCAGAAAUGUAAUAAACACUACUGUUGGGUAA